AUGCAGUUCAAGACACUUGCCCUUUACAUCGGUGUCGCGCUUGCGGUGGCGGCACCCGCCGCCAUGGCGGCCCCUUCCGAAGUCAAGCUGUGUGGCAGUCACGAAACUGCGCCCACCUCGGUCGAGCAGGCGUUGGGCAACAAGAUUGCUGCUCAGCGUGCUGCAGGCUCCUCGAGCUCGCUUUCCAAGUCCUCGGCUGCUGCGGCGGCCGUCUCGGCCAACAUCCCCGUGUACUACCACCUGAUUACGGACGGCUCGAGCAGCGGAAGGAUCUCUACGAGCGCCAUCAACAGCCAGAUUUCGAUCCUCAACGACAACUUUUCGGGUACAGGGCUGAGUUUCUACCUUGCCAGCACCGACACCACCGUCAACUCUGACUGGUUUAACAACGUCAACCAAGGCACAUCGCAGGAGAGAGCCAUGAAGUCUGCUCUUCGCAAAGGUGGCUCCAACGCACUCAACGUCUACACCGUCAGCUUCGGCAGCUCCGGUUUGCUAGGCUAUGCCACCUUCCCAUGGAACUAUCGUUCCAACCCCACCAACGACGGUAUCGUGCUCGACUGGAACACCUACCCCGGAGGACCCAUCACAAACUAUCAGGAAGGAAAGACGUUGGUGCACGAGAUCGGUCACUGGGUAGGUCUCUACCACGUCUUCCAGGGAGGCUGCUCCGGCAGCGGCGACUACGUCGACGACACUCCUCCGCAGUCCACUGUCACCAGAGGUUGCCCUUCGAGCCAGGACUCGUGCUCUGGUGGCGGCGUGGACAGCAUCCACUCGCACAUGGACUAUUCUUACGAUUCUUGCCGAUACCUGUGGACUAACGGUCAGAUUGCUCGUAUGGGUGCCGCUGUGGACGCCUACCGUAUCUGA